AAUCUUUGACGUGCUUGUACUGAUCGCCGUCUCUCAUCUUUGAUACUUUUUAACUGUUGCCCACUCUCUCAGAUUGUUGUUUUCCUCUUCCCCUCCCCUAGAAGAGGACUCCAUGGAUCCUUCUCGAGCUUUCGUCAAGAACGUUAAGCGUCUCGUUGUUAAGGUUGGAACAGCUGUGGUUACUCGUGGUGAUGGAAGGUUAGCAUUGGGAAGACUUGGAGCUCUUUGUGAGCAGCUAAAAGAGCUAAUUUCUCAAGAUUAUGAGAUUAUUUUAGUUACAUCAGGCGCAGUUGGUCUGGGUCGCCAAAGACUAAGAUACAGGAAAUUGAUCAAUAGCAGUUUGGCUGAUCUCCAGAAGCCACAAAAUGAGCUUGAUGGGAAGGCUUGUGCAGCUGUAGGGCAGAACAGUCUUAUGGCUCUUUAUGAUGUAUUGUUCAGCCAGCUUGAUGUCACCUCAUCUCAACUUCUUGUGACAGAUAGUGAUUUUAGGAAUGAAGAUUUCAGAAAACAGCUCUCUGAAACUGUUCAAUCAUUGUUAGCACUGAAAGUCAUUCCAAUUUUUAAUGAGAAUGAUGCAAUCAGUACUAGGAGAGCACCAUAUGAGGAUUCCUCUGGCAUAUUUUGGGACAAUGAUAGUCUAGCAGGCCUAUUGGCUCUGGAACUAAAGGCUGAUCUUCUUAUUUUGUUGAGCGACGUAGAGGGCCUAUAUAGUGGUCCUCCAAAUGAGCCAAACUCUAAGUUGAUCCAUACAUAUGUAAAAGAAAAACAACCAGAAAUAACAUUUGGAGACAAGUCAAGGGUUGGAAGAGGGGGCAUGACUGCCAAGGUUAAUGCUGCUGUUUGUGCAGCUUAUGCUGGUAUCCCUGUCAUUAUUACUAGUGGCUUUGCCACCAACAAUAUUCUAAAGGUACUUCAGGGAGAGCGUGUUGGCACUCUCUUUCACAAAGAUGCUCAUUUAUGGAUUUCAAUGAAAGAUGUUGGUGCACGUGAGAUGGCAGUUGCAGCACGAGAAUGUUCUAGACGGCUUCAGGCUUUACAGCCUCAAGCUAGAAAGAAAAUUUUAUUGGAUGUAGCUGAUGCCCUGGAAGCAAAUGAAAACUUGAUUAAAGCUGAGAAUGAAGCUGAUGUUGUUGCUGCUCAAGAGGCUGGUUAUGAGAAAUCACUAAUAUCUCGUUUGGCCCUGAAGCCUGGAAAGAUCUCUAGUCUUGCAAAAUCCAUCCGUGUGCUAGCAGACAUGGAAGAACCCAUUGGUCAUAUAUUAAGGAGAACAGAGCUUGCAGAUGGACUUGUCCUGGAGAAAACGUCAAGUCCUUUAGGUGUCCUCUUGAUUAUAUUUGAAUCUCGACCGGAUGCCCUAGUCCAGAUAGCUUCAUUGGCCAUCCGUAGUGGAAAUGGUCUGCUGCUUAAGGGAGGAAAAGAAGCUAAGCGAUCAAAUGCAAUCUUGCACAAGGUCAUUACUUCAGCUAUCCCAGAUACUGUUGGUGACAAACUCAUUGGACUUGUGACUUCAAGAAAUGAGAUUCCUGAUUUGCUUAAGCUUGAUGAUGUUAUAGAUCUUGUCAUCCCCAGAGGCAGCAAUAAGCUUGUUUCUGAAAUCAAGGAAUCAACAAAAAUUCCUGUUCUUGGUCAUGCUGAUGGAAUUUGCCAUGUCUAUCUUGAUAAAUCGGCUGACAUGGAAAUGGCAGCACAGAUUGUUCUGGAUGCGAAGAUAGAUUAUCCUGCAGCCUGCAAUGCUAUGGAAACACUUCUGGUACACAAGGAUUUGUCAAGUGAUCCCAAACUCAAUGAGAUUAUUGUAAAACUUAAGCGUGAAGGUGUAAAAUUAUUUGGAGGUCCAAGAGCAAGUAAUUUGUUGAAUAUUCCAGAGACACGCUCAUUCCAUCAUGAGUAUAAUUCACUGGCUUGCACAAUUGAAAUUGUGGAUGAUGUUCAUGCUGCCAUUAACCAUAUACAUCAACAUGGAAGUGCUCAUACAGAUUGCAUUGUCGCAGAAAAUCAUGAAGUUGCUAAUAUAUUUUUACAUCAACUUGAUAGUGCUGCAGUAUUUCAUAAUGCAAGUACACGAUUCUGUGAUGGGGCACGGUUUGGACUUGGUGCAGAGGUUGGGAUAAGUACUGGCAGGAUUCAUGCUAGAGGUCCAGUUGGAGUUGAAGGGUUGCUUACGACCAGAUGGAUUUUGAGGGGGAGUGGGCAGGUGGUCAAUGGUGAUAAAGGUGUUAUUUACACCCAUAAAGAUCUUCCCCUGCAGUCCUGAAAGGUUAUGGUUAUAAAUUAUGUCUGCACUGUGCUGGAUUUUCUUGUAUUAUAUUUCACCAGCUGCUCCCAAGGCUCUAAGCAUUCAUUUGAUUUAUAUUUAUUGUCACUUGGUCAUAUUCUUUUUCAGAUUUUGUACUUGGAUCAUGCUUAUAACAUGUGUUUAGUCAUAAUUUUUAUUAAAUAAAUGACGACCGAUUCAUAUUUCAA